AUGGACUCGACUUUGGCCGUACGCGGACUCCGCGUCCAGCUUCCUCCCGCCUAUGAAACCCGCGAGCAGGUCAAUCCAUCACUCUUGAUGAGCUGGUGGGCCACGGCCUUUUCAAUAGUCAUUAUUAUCGUCCGUCUAUGUGGUCGCUAUGUGCGCAUGGAGCGCUUCUUCCCGGAGGACAAAGUGAUGACCCUCAGCAUGAUUCCUCUCGUCGGCCGCAUGGUCUUGGUACAUUACGUCUUGGUCUAUGGCACAAACAACGUUCAGACGGCCGGAUUGACGGCGGAGGAAGUCUCGGAAAGAGAGCUUGGGAGUAAGCUCGUACUGGUAGCAAGGAUAUUUUAUGCGAUCUUUAUCUGGACGGCCAAGCUCACUGUCUGCGAAUUCCUGAAACGAGUUACAGGCAUGGUCUCACGUCGAUCCACCGCCAUCUUCCUGCGCUUUGUUCACUUCUUCUUGGCCUCGACUCUGAUGGCGGUCGUGAUUGCAACGCUAGCUGAAUGUCAGCCAUUCAACCACUACUGGCAGGUCAUUCCAAAUCCCGGUCCACCAUGUCGUUGCGGUUAUGCGCAGCUCAUCACAAUGGGUACCUGCGACGUCAUUACCGAUCUUCUCCUAAUCGCCUUCCCCGUCCCAAUCGUCAUCAUGUCCAGGAUGCCCGUCAAACGCAAAAUAGGCCUUGUCAUCCUCUUUUGUCUCUCCCUCCUGCUAGUGGGAAUCACCUGCUACCGAGUACCUUCCGUCAUCGAACGCCGAGGCAAUCAACCCUACCGCUCACUCAUGGCCUCACUCGAGAUCCUCGCUGCAACAGCCGUCUCCAAUGCCCUCGUCAUCGGCUCCUUCGUUCGCGAUCGCGGUGUUAAGAAACUUAAAUACAAGCGCGAGGUGGCCUCUGCAUCUGUUAGCGAAAGUCUUGAUAACAGCUAUGUCCGUCGCAAUACAGUCAUGCAGCAUCAAUGGGGCAGUGACUCGGAUCUCGCCGGUGGGUUGGGUAUAAGACUCGAUCCUAAGCUGCAUCCGAGUGCAUCGUCAUCAGAGCAAUCACACACUAUGCCUAUGCCCGUACCACCCCUACCCUUGCAUGUUGCACGCACCGGCUCUAUCGAUCCAUCAUGGUCUUUCAGCCAACCUCGUCCCUCAGAUGAUGACCAUAUCUCGGCUACUGACAGCCUCGAUAUGGAUAUCAGUCCGCGAGAAUACAUCAAGACUAACCAGUCUCCGCGAGAGAAACCCGCUCUCUCGCAUUCUAACAUCUCCUCGCCACGGGUGUCGUUUUUUGAUGUCGGCGGUCUACUAGAUCAGGACAAAGAGAGUCAACACUCCCGUGCGGGCUUGCGCCCUACCCGAAAUGCAGAAGAUUUAUCUGCAUCCACGAAUCAAUCGGUCCGUCCAUCUCGGGGAGGAAGAGCCUUCCUAGAAGAUCUGGGCGUUUUACCCUCGCGAUCAGCUGGCCGGACAGCUACCCCACGCUUUUUGACACCCCUUCCGACUGCGAAUAACCGACCCCUACAUACCCUCCCGCCUUACCGAGCUGGGCCUGAUGUCUCACUGGAUGUCAACGUCGAGCUGCAGGAUGUUGGUGGACUCUUAUCUAGGCAUUCCCCGCCUAAUCAUUGA